AUGUCAGAAAGAGUAAUUGCACCGAGAAGUUUAAUCUUAAAAGAGGACGUAUUUUAUAAUUUUAAUUUAGUUCCACUGCUGGUUCUGAGUUUGACAUGUGCGUUUGGUGCAAUCGGUAGGAGCUUAGCGAUUGCAUAUGAACGUAAAUGCGAAUUAGUGAACGAGAAAAUAAUUUUCAUAGUGAUAGGAGAGUGUCCCAAUCCUGAUUGGCUGGGAUACAGCGGAUCCUGCUACUAUUUCUCAAUGGUGCAUCAGGAUUUUAAUGAUGCUCUCAACUCUUGCUUGGGUAUGGGCAGUUUGCUGGCCAGCGUCGGAUCCCAGGAAGAAAAUGAUUUUCUCCAAAACAAAUAUUUGAAUAUAAAUUUAUGCACCAACACAUUACCAAGCUCAGCAACAACGUCCCAGGAUUACUGGAUCGGCAUGUACAGACUGCAAUGCUUUCUGAAUCAAAACAACUACAACUACUGGCUCGAUGGCACUGAAAUCAAAUACCAAAAUUGGAAUUUAAUACUCGAUGAACCAAACGAAGAUACUUGUUGCACUAGGCUGUCGUUUCCAGAUUGGAAAUGGAAAGACAAAUAUUGCAACUCCACUUACACUUUCAUCUGCGAGAGAACAUCUUCAGUUGAUCGUGAGUUGCCAGCUUAUGGAUUUGAAUGUUAA